GAGAGUUCUUGAUGUGACAAAGUGGCGGGCAGGUCAGACGGGAGGAAGGUAGCGGGGCGCUUGUACCGCCUGGGGGGACCGGGCCUGGUCUUGACAUAUGCUCCGCCGUGAAAUGAAGAUUGGCGUGACCUGCUAAUCUCAGAUGUCAGUGCUCAUGAUGGUGGUACCUGUCACGCCGCCUCGAGCCAGCAGGGCGAGCUGCCACCGCCACAGGUCAAAGAUGGAGAUUCAUCCGGGCUGGAACCCAGCCAGCAGCCGCCUUUCCAACUUUCUUUAUGUGAAAGAUGAUCUGAGGAAACUGAGGGGGCGGAGCGGCUUGUGUUUCACUCCCUGCUACACUUUUAUAUUUCCAUUUAAAGCGCCUCAAUUCCUCAUUUUAAUUGGCGACGGCAGGAAACAUAUCAGUUGUGAGUGUGUGAUCAAGAGGCGUGUGUGUGGGCGGCGCAAUGCUGGAGAGGAACAGCGGCAGUUGCCAUCUCUCCAGGUUCAACAUUGAAGUUAAGAAUGUUGUUUCUGUCCUGCUGCGAUGGUGUGGCUGAUGUUGCCCGCGAGGACCGGGGUUUCAGCCGCAGAGGAACUUCCUGCGUGACAGAUGUUCACCUUUCCACAUUGAUGCUUCUGUCUCUGAUCCUCUCUGGGUCAAGUCGGGGUCAAACAUCGAGGUCACAAGCCAAACCCACGCCAGCGGCAGGAGGAUCAGAGAGCAGCCGAGUCACCACAGGCUCAGAGGUGUCCCUGAACAAUGUGUCCAGGAACGACUCCGGUCUGAGGGCGAGCGCAACGGCGACACCAUUCAACGUUUCUACUGCAAACAGUGGUUCGACGGUGGCCGCAACCAAGGCUACUGCUCCCGUCAGCACAGAAGCCGCAGCGACGCCCCCACGCUCCACCAAAGGAAAGCCUCCUCCGGCCGAUGCCUGGGAUACAAAGUGGGACGAAGGCUUCACUUACGAUUACACAACCUUGCGUAUCGCGGGGUUGUCAGUCGCGGCGGUUUUGUUCGUUCUGGGCAUCAUGAUCAUCACCUGUGGGAAAGUUUGCCGGAUGCCAAAGUGCUGCAGAAGGUCUUCAAAGUCAUAUCGAGUCCAGAGAGGAUGACGAACAAGUGACUGGGACCAAACACAACGCUGCAGAAAAGCGACAAGAUGUCCAUCAGGAGUGAGAGCCACUCCGCCGCGUGUGGAUUUACUGGCCGUACGGAGCUCCGCCAUGGCGUCGCGGAAAAAUGCUGAAUAAACACAGAAAACAUGAAUCACGCUGACACGUGAAAAAACCGAACGGCUCAGCCACUUCGUCUUUGUCAAACAUGAUCGCAGAACUUGCCAAUACCGGGCUAAAAAAGCAAAGCCGUUAUUUAUCUUGGCAAACAAACACAUGAUUCAUGUACUAACUCAUAAAACGCUGAAUCGUGACGCAACAUGGAAAUUAAAAAGGCUUAAAAAGAUUAUUGCACCUCUCACUUUCAGCCAUGAAUUAAACACCGCCGCGUUAUCUUGGCUUCCACAUGGCGCUGAAAAUGAAAGAACAACCUCGAUUUUAAUGCAGCUUUAUUGUGAAAAGCAACAAAACCUGGAGAUACAUACGACACUGUCAUGUACAGUUGUGUCGCUAUCAGAUCAAAAUUCAGCAGGCUGCAGCUGCGCAAACAGAUUACACCGAUAAAUGCAGCAUGGGAAGUAUUUUUAAACAAGAUUUAUACAAGUGCAUGUGGUCCAAUUAAAGCUUCUCUUACCAGCAAAAUAGCUAUAUACAAACAAAGCCCACCAAUCGACUCAUCACAUUCGUUUAAAAAGACCCUGUUAGUAAAAAAAUAUAUAAAAGGU